UGAUGGACUUGCGCAGUAUUAACUAGGCUUGUUAUACUGUCAUCAUUUGCUACCACCAACUGCUUUCUCAUGCAUCUUUGGAGGUUCUAUUCUUAAUAAUUUUAUCUUUGGAGUAUCUCGCAAAAUGUUAUCGCUUCAUAUGUACUGGUUCCUGCACAUUAGUUGCUAAGCAUUGAUAUGCAUUGCGUUAGUUGGCUAUUGUUGACUGCAUGCAUUGUAUUCAUCAAUCUGUACUCAUGAUAUCUGUUUCUUAUGAUAUUGGACCAGUUUUUCAUCAGAGGGAUUUUGCAAGUUCGUCCUUAAACUGUACAAAUAAACGUCGUGUGUGUAUUACAUUAAUAGAUCAAAUCCAAGAAACUUUCAUGCAAUUAUAGGUUGGUCAUAACAGAACUGAAUUAAGAAGAAACAUUAAGGAACUUAGUUCAGAUCAUCGUGGUAGCUAACUAGACUGUAGUAGAAGUAAUAACCAAGCAAAUUCAACAGCCUUUAGCAUACAAUACAAGUUAUGGCAGCUUGCUCCAGUUUUAGAACUGUUGUAUCCAAGCUUUGAAGAUUCUGGAAGGUUUCUCAUGAAAGUAAUUGGUGGUUAUUUUUUCAUCAGGAAGACAAGAUUGAUUAAUAACUUUGCUAAUUAAAGUACAAAAGCUUGUAUUUUUUUAAUUAGAAAAUUAUGCAUUAGGUUGUUACUUAUACUUGUCAAUUAGUCAGUUUUGAUGCAUGGAUUCGUGGGGUUUGAAGGUGAUUGGAAGCUGAUAUAUUGAUGCUGUUUGAAUGGAAGCGUUUUAAAGGCAUUUAUACAGCUUACAAUUUUUAGAUUUAUUGGAUUUCAUAGCAUAAACUGAAUCAUAAAUCACUGGACUAACUACUUAACAACACCCUUUGCUGUCAUCUUUUUUGCAUUAAGCACAGUUUUGGCUUUGUGUGGAAGUCAAGUGAUGCAUCUGUGCAUAUUGUGACCUCACCAAUGUCAGUUGGAGAUACUGAAUGUGUCUUGUCUUCAUGUAGUGUGGAACUUCAAGGGCUAUACAGAACAAACAUUCUUUAGAUCAAUAUUUCUAUGUGUAUGGGGAAUCUAUUUGUUUCUUCUAAAUUCUGCCUGUCAUCAGUAGCAUUUUAUAACAGCUCGAUCCAAUUUCAUCACUUUGAGGAAAGAAUACUUAAAGUAUUGAUCUAUGCCCUUGAUAGCAAUAAAAUGCACAAAGCUGAUAAAAAAUUGCAAUUUAAAAAAAGUAACUGCAUAUAAUAGUGACUGGAUCAGUUAUUGAAUGUGGUUGCAGAAGCAACAUAUUUACUGGUUCCUCUUGCUAUGUUAAAAUUAGAAUUAGGUUACUCUCUGAUCAAUGUACAAAGGGUACAACAAAAGACAGGAUGGAAUGAUUACUAAAUUCAAUCUCUCCAAUUUGAGACAAAUAAAAGGAUUUUAGAAUCUAAAUUGGAUUACUUCAACAGCAAAAUUCAAAGCAUAUUCACAACAGAAUCUCUUCAGCCAGCAAUAUACAUUAUUAAUUGCGGCUGUUUCUGGUAAUUGUUCUGUUUAAAAUUAACAGUUGUUUGUAUGGCCAACAGACCAAAACUUAGCGAAAGACAUUGGGAUUUUAAAAGUGUGUAUGAAAUGCAUAUGAUGUCACAACAACUUCUCAUAGGAAUUUCAGGAAUUAUUUAUUGCAUCAAGAUUUGAAGAAAUUUUUUCUCUGAGGCAUUGAUGUAUAAAUUAAUAUUGACAUUUGAACAUGGUGGCUCAGAAUUUUGACCAUAUCUAUUGUAGCUGGUAAUUUUAUGUAAAAAUUCUUUAUGUCAUUGCGGUAUUGAACAAAUUAGUGACAAAUGUAUGAUACUGUUGACACCUGGAAGUUGUCACCGAGUAACAACAUGAAAUACUCGCACGUUCAGGAGGUGUUGUUUAUUGUUGGUGUUGCUGACGUCACGCUCAUGUAAUCUUUCGUAUGUUGCGCAUCGGAUUUCCAUAAUAGUAGAAGUUAUCAAAAACACAUAAUGAUUAUGCUAUAACAUUUUGAUAUUUGAAGAGAAUUUCACAAUAACAUGGUUAUCCAGUUUGCAUCUGCUAAUCUGAUGCUGAUACUGAAACCAACAAUAUGUACUUAAAAUAUUGUAUUGUAUAAAAGCAUGACGCCUGUAUUUGUCUAACUCGACGCAUCUAUUUCCAGUUAAGUUUGUUUUUUGUUGAUGUGUGGAUACAAAAACAUUUCGUUGACAUUGACAAUCUAACUUCAAUCGUAAGCAGUUUGUAUAUGCUAGUAUAAUAGAGGGUACCCUCAUGUUCUUAGCAACAUAAAUCAUCUAUUAAAGAAUCCAGGAAUUAGAAACUUUCCGCAAGACAAUAUUUGCAUUCUUCUUGGAAAUAGUUAAAAGAGUCACAAUGGAUCUGAGAAUGAAGCACCAGGCGCAGUUACAUCUUGCAGCUUUGGCCUCCCUCAAGGGAGAGAUUAUUGAAUUGAAACACAGACUGCAAUCAACGGCAAUAGAAAGAGAUGGGCUUGAACGCAAAUUAGCAAAAGCUCAGGUUGAGCGUUCCAGGUUAAUACAUGAAAAUGAUGACCGUCUGGAACAGCAAGCUAUUCGCUAUGAAGAGCGAAUCACCGAACUCCACAGCGUUAUUGCUGAACUUAAUAAGAAGAUAGACAGAACACAAGGAGACACUAUAAGGGAGGAAGAUGAGUUUUCACAGUCAGCAUCCAGCCCACCAAGUAAUAUUAGUAACAGUGGAGGAAGCUGUAAUGGAAGUUGCUUUCAUGGUAGUGAAUCCAUUCAAAUAGACCAGUGCAAUGAUUUAAACGCGGAGCUGACUCGAGUCUUUGAAGGUAUUGAAUGCUCAAUACCGUCACGGAAGGAGCUCCAUCAACAUGUUACAAGUAUGGAACAGCAAGCGCAACAACUGGACAGUGCAAGUAAACAAUCUCAGCAGAGGGCGCUUCAGGUUAUGAAGGAAGUAGAAGCCUUGAAUCUGGACUCAUCCAGUGAUGUGGACCAAGCCUCCAAGAUGCAAAGACGUCGUAGCAGCCUGGAACAGGAGCUGAGAAUACUACAAGAAGAGAACGAGAACUUAAAUACUUCAAUAUCAAGAAAAGAUGAUGAGAUGUUGAAGAUGAAAGCAAAUUUAAUGACUGUCCGUGAAGAAAGGGAAAAGUUUAGGAGAAAGGUUCGUGAAAUGCAGGCUAUGAUAUCAACAUUACAAAAUCAAAAUGGGAACCAUCGGACAGGCCACUCGUCAUCGUCUGAGCAUCUUGGCUCUCCUACCCAGCGCCCAUCACCGGCACCAUCACACACUGGUAUCAACCCUAGUACAGGCGAGCUAAGCUUAACAGGUUCUGAAAGAAAGAAAGAGAUGGCUGUUAGCAAAGUAGCAGAAAGAGUAAAGUUAAAACAAUCCAGGUCAGCUGAUCUUAAACCAGGUCAUGACCCCAGGCAGGUCUUAGGUCAUGAGAUCUCCGCCGCUGGAAUUCAAAAUUCCAAGCUUGCUGAGCACCUAGCUCAUUCCCUCCAAGAGUGUUCCAGCCUCCAAGAGGUAUUCCAAACACUCAAUUCCCACGGACUCUCCAUUCCUGAAAACAAAGUACGUGAAUUUGAGGUUGAGAUGGAACGACUCAACAGCAAGAUAGAGCACCUGAAAUCCCAGAAUGACCUGUUGUCGUUAACCCUAGAGGAAAGCAAAGCCAACUGCGAUAGGCUUAGUAUGUUAGUUGGAAAGUAUGAAUCAAAUAAUACAGCAUUACAAAUGGCGGUGAACUACAGCGAUCAGACGAUAGAGGCGUUAAAAACACAGCUUGACCUGGCACAGUGCGAGCAGCAGUCUCUAUUAGCAAACUGUAAAGCAGCAGGCCUUGGAGGAUUAGGUGAGAAUUCGGAAAGCUCAGGAGAUGAUUCUGAGGAUACAACAAGCAUGUUGCGACGUGUCCAUGAGAAUAAGAAGAUUGCUGAAAGCAUGGCCAAGUCGUUGUUACAGAGGCUAGACAGAAGCUGUGGAGCUGUGCUUACGCAUGUACAGGGUGCUACCCUUCAACCAUGGGAAGAUGUAUCCUCACAAAGUCAUACUAGCACAACAAGCUCAACAGCGAGUAGUUGCGACACAGAAUUUAGUAAAGAGGAUGAACAGCGGUUGAAGGAUUACGUCCAACAGUUGAAGAACGACCGCGCAGCUGUCCGUCUGACUGUUAUGGAACUUGAAAGUGUACAUAUUGAUCCAUUAAGCCAUGAUGUUGCGCCGCGACAAGACACGCAACGACUUGAUUUAGAGAAUGCUGUACUGAUGCAAGAACUGACAGCUCUUAAGGAGGAGCGGGCUGAACUGAAAGCACAGAAUUACCUGCAAGACAAAGAACGCAAAGCACUUGAACUUAAAUUAAGUUCAAGGGAGGCACAAGAAGAGGCCUACUUAGUACAAAUCAACAAUUUGAAAUGUGAAAUGAAGGAACAAAUGUCACAUCACAGCGGUGGUAGCGAUAAGGGUGGUUUUACACGGCCGCAUUAUGCCAAGAAUGGCUUGUCAUCGCCAGUAUCCCUUGCAGAAGUGCAUUCUCUGGAUGACCACAGUGUUGCCUCACAAGAUGAGUUUAUACAGCGAGAGAAGAAGAUGAAAUCUAGAAUCCAAGAGCUGGUCACAACUCUAGAGAAGGUUCAGAAGAGCUCUGAACUGCGGCACCAACAGUCGUCAGAAUUUGUGGCAGAUUUGAAGAGAGCUAAUAGUGCCUUAGUAACGGCGUAUGAGAAAGCCAAAAAGAAACAUCAAAGUCGACUCAAGAAGCUAGAAGCUCAGAUGUUAGCGAUGGUUGAACGACACGAUACACAGGUGCGAAUGUUAAAGCAAAGGAUCGCACUAUUGGAGGAAGAAAACCAAGCAACAAGACGACCCCACAAUGAGACCUCACUAUGACAUCAUUGUAACAUCGCCAAGACAUUACCUUGGCAACUGGUGUCUCUUGAGAUUCUUUACCUUAUUUAUUGAUGGAUAUCACUGCAAUCUUAGCAUCAUUGUGACGUCAUUAUGACAUCAUCACCUUAACACCUGAUAUUUUAUGAGAUUGAUAUUUUGAUUGACGUUGCCUCAAUCUGAAACAAUGCAAGUUCGCAUCAAGCAGUGGACAUUGUCUACAAUUGUAUAAUAUAUUCAAAAUUUUAUGGAUUUCACUUUAUUGAAAAAAAUGUGUGUUGUAGUUGGUUAUCAAAACCUUUUAACCCUGCAAUGAUCAUUACCUUGAUGGAGUUAAAGAAAGAAAAAAACCUGUAUAAUACACAAUAAGUAUUAACCAAUACUUGGUGCAAAGCAUCUACAACCUUUAGCUACAUGUUUUGUUAGACAGGGGUAAAAAAUUAAGUAUGAUAUAGAUUUACCUUGUUCAACCACACUCAUUGGCCAAUCACAUAUCAAUUCUUUAGCAACAAUCAAUACUCUCUGUCAGUUUCAUGUUUGCUUUUCCUUUUUUUUUGUAAAAAAUGCAUAUUGUAUCUAUUUAUGGAUUAAAAAAUUGUAUAAUAUGUAAAUAUGUAAUGCAAAGUAUAUCGUUAAUAGGCUUCUAAUUAGGUCGUAAGUGACAUCAGCUGUUUAGUCAUUUUAAAUCGUUUUAGUAGAUAAAGUUAUUAAACAGUUUUAUAAAUAAAUAAAUAAGCACCUUAAACAUGUUCUGAAGCAAGAAUUUUAACAAGAGUUCUCCCAAUAAUUAAGUACAAAUGUUUGUACUGUACUUAGCUGGGCUUAUUUGGUAAAGCAAUUAUUUAGUACUACUAGGCUAAACAAGUACAUAUUUUAUCAUAAUCAUUUUCAACAAGCUUUAAAUUCUAAUUACAAUGUAUAAAAUACAUUUCAUAGUAUUCAACAACCAGAAUUUCAUUUAAGUUAUUAUCAUUUUUAAUUUCCACAGGAGGUGUUUCUCCAUACAAAAGUUACUAUCAUAUGAAUUGCUAUUAUUCAUUGCAUGUUACGCAAUACCUCGAGAAAAAAAAUGUGUCCUAAUGAGAAAAUUGAAGUGUGUAUACCACUUGGUAUCAUAGCUCAGUUGAUUGAAGUGUGUAUACCACUUGGUAUCAUAGCUCAGUUGGUAGAGUAUCUGAAUAGUAAUCAGAAGGUCUUGGGUUGGAACCAUGGUGGGGAUAUGUUUUUUUUUUUUUUAUUAUAUUUAUUAUCGUAUUAUAAUUUACAAAUGAUUACUUUGUUAAUUAUCUAUAGUGACAGCAAUUAUAAUCAAAAUGGAUAUUGCCAUCUGCAGGGGUCCCAAGUUGGAAUAAUCCAAAUCCGGGAGAAUUUUUAAUGAGCAUUUUUAAUGAGGAUUUCAAAUGAGCAUUUUUAACACAUCUAAUUAUAUUUUGCUGUGUGUGCUGAUGCCCAUUGCCACUGACAUCCGGGAGACAAUUGGUAAUACAGAAGUGAAAGCAUGAAAAUAUAGUGAAUUUGUGGGAGAUGGGUUGUUUUCCUGAAGAUUAUUGCCUGAGUGCAGCAUUUCCGGGAGACUUCGGACCCCUGUAUGUAACAGCCAAUCAGAUUGCAUAUAGUUCAGAAUGUUUACAUUUUAAGCAUAUGAGGAUGAUGUCGUUUCAGAAAAUGGUAACAUGAACAUGUGGUAAUUAACAUGAAUAUGUAUGAAGCUAAUUAUAUUUGGAUUAAUAAGUUUUCUUUGUGUUGAUAUUGAGCACAUUGACUUGUGUAGAUAUCACUGAUACAGCUUUGCACUGUCAACUUGUAUGAAUCAUGUGAACUUGCUGUAGCUCCACAGAUUUUGUGUGCUGACAUUUUGAUUAUUUUAUAUUUAACAUCAAAUAUAAAUUUGAUGCUGGGUCUUGGUAUCUAAGUAAGUUAUUAACCAACUAGGACAUUAUUCAACUCGAAAAUAAAGAGCUUUCAAAGUAUAA